AUGACAAUGUCUUGGAAAUGGAUAAUGACAGUCAGUGCUCGAGGAUGUGAAUUUGAAUAUGAUUGCCUCAUCUUUAUUGUAACGGGUGAAAAAACUCUAAACUUUGGUAUGAUGGAUGCUUCCCAAUUGCCUUCUUCAGUUUCCGCUCCUCAGGAAGCUUCACAUUAUGAUGAGCUCUCCAUGAAACAGAGUUUCAACUUUUCAGAUAGCCUGAAGGACUUGAAGGAUCUUAGGAAGCAGUUAUACUCAGCAGCUGAAUAUUUUGAAUUAUCUUACAACGGACAAGAUCAUAAACAAAUAGUGGUGAACACACUCAGAGAUUAUACAACUAAAGCUUUCAUCAACACUGUGGAUCACUUGGGCUCCAUGACUUAUAAGGUCAAUAGUCUCCUGGAUGACAAGAUUGGGGAAGCUUCUGCAAUUGACCUUAAAUUCUCUUGUGUUCAACAGAGACGACGAAUGUGUGAGAUGUUUGUAGACCAUGGAGGCCUAUCUCAACAGUCACUAGCGAUAAGGACUCCGAAGCACCACAUGCGAUAUAUCUUACCAGUUUCAAAAGCUAAAGACGGUGGAGACAACAAAAAUCUGCGAUAUUGCGUGACAAAUGAAGUGAAUGGCGAAAUAUCAGCAGAAGUAUAUCCGAGAAAUAUAGAGACUUCUGCAUCAAUCGUCAGGAGACGGCAUUUGGCAACACAAUUUCCACAAUCCUCCCGAACGGGCCCCUUUUCAUUCGCAAGUACCUUGUCCAACAAAAAAGCAGAAAAACGCACCUCCCCAUUUCUAUUUCAACUCACACGUUCAAGUUCUCUGGCCGAUAAAUCCACAUCUCCAAACCCUUCAAACGCCAAAAAACGAUACCCAUCAGAACCCCGAAGAUCCACUUCAAUGUCUACUCAUGUUGAGAGGAACAGAAGAACUGAUAUCGAGCUGUAUUCCAGCAAAAACAAAAGUCUCUUCAAGGCCUUGCUUAGCAUGCGGAAGUCAAGAAAGGACAGCAAGUUGUACAACUUCCUGGACGAGAACUAAGAAGAACAGGGGAUAAAGGAAACCGGAUAGACCCACAUAUGAGUUUCUGUGCAUCAAAAGUGUACCUCAAUAUAUUGAAGAUCCCUGGAAAUACAUUGAUUAUGUCAUAUAACUAAAUACGUUUCAGAUCAGACAGCUGCAAAUGAAUUUGGCACUAGAAUGCUCCACAUAAAAACAGGAGCUCGACUGUACAGAUUUCAUGUGUGACAGGCAGAAUUCCUGCGCACUCCAUCCAGAUGCCUGACAGUAGCAAUAUUGUUGAUUGAGCAAUGGAUAUGGUUCAAAAUCCAAGAUCAAAACUGGGACACUCAGCCUUCACUUUCAAUGGAUCUCUAUCUCCUUCAGGGUCCAUUCUUUUAUCACUAGCAUCGCUGUGAGAACCAUGUGAAAGCGAUGCUUCAGAAACAAGAUUGUCGCUGCAGCACUUGGGGUCAGCUUGCCCAUGAGAAGCCUGCAAACGUUAAUUGCAGCAGAUGUACAUGCUAGUCAUACAAAGCUCAGUGAAAUUGAGAAUGUCCUCAAGGUAAAUAAAGAACUAGAUUUUGGACUGGGAUGCAUUAGAGAAUUCAAGCAGGUCCUCAUGCAUCUAGUUUGAACA